UUCCCUUUAGUCACUCUCCUUUUCUCUCUCUCUCUCUACCUUUUAUAAUUUUGGAUCUCUCUUCACUUUGCUGAUUCACUCUCAAGUGAGAUUUCUUCUGUGUAUCUUCUCCUCCUCCUUUACCGAUUCUCACUACCUUUCCCUGUUUCAGGUAAUCAUCGAUCGAUCGAAUCAAGCUCCUAUGUGGGUUCUUAAGCGGGGUUGAGGUCCAAAAAGACUAUGUGAAUCAUCCAAGUUAACAAUGGAGUGCCGUUUGGACAAGAGUUUUACUGUUUCAGGUGGUAAUGAUGAUAAUAAUAAUAAGGUUGAGCUUGUCAAGUAUAUGUCCAAGCUACCUGUUUUCUUGGAGAGAACUGAAACCACCCCUACUCAGGAGAACCAUCUCUUGAGCGUUGGUGUUCUCCACUGGAGCCGCCUGGAGAAGUGGCACCAUACUCAUCAUAAUAACCGCAUCGUCAUGCCUUCCGUUACAGAUGAGUCUUCUUCUGCUGGUCCCAGCAAUGUGCAUCACACUACUUCGUCUUUUCCAAGGAAACAUCGUAGCUCAAGGCAGUCUACUCUGCUGUCAAACCCUCGUGAAGAAAUCAAACGUACACGGAAAAAGAAACCUAAAGAUCAUAGAGGUUUCAGCGUACCAAGUGAAAAGCUUGGUCUGAACACUGAUGAAGCACAAGCUGAAUGUGAGAAGAAGGGUCUGAAAGCUGGAGCUCUGUCAAAUGGAUUGAAUCCAGAGGUUAGCGUGAACAUGGAGGUAACCUCUAGAGCUGAUACUAGUAGACGCAAAAGGAGUGAGAAGAAGAAGUUACGGGAAAGAGUCCGUGAUGGUCCUGAUGGAGAAGUUGGUCAAAAGCAGCGAGGGGAAACUAAGCUCUAUCACUCAACUAACAAGCUAUCACAAGAAGAGACUAAUAACAGCUGCGGCAGAAGUUCAACUAAAAAGGUCCAGGUUGUUCACAGUGUUGUUGAAGGUCAACAUUCUUGCUCCUUGCCAUGUAAAGCUGAUGGCUGUUCGCCAAAGAGUAAACUAUCUCAGUGUGUGCCACUCUCAACAAAAGAAACUAAUACAUCUUCCGGAGGUAAUAAACUCUCAGAAGACAGAGCGUCAUCUUUGUUAUCUGUGAAAAAACAUUGUACGGAUGAGCCUCCCCAGAGACAAGAUUCAAAGUCCCAUAUAGCGGUAUCUGAAAAGGGGAGAAGUACGUCACCUUUUCAGUGGCGUAGCUUCAGUAUGGGUAAGGCCAGCAAAACUAACGGUGCAGGUUCCACGACGACCAAGCUAGACUCAGUGGAAAACUCCUCUAAGACCGUUUCAUCAGUCAGUGAAAAAGAUACAACCACGACAAGCCAUUUGAGAAGGUUUCUAGAACCUCUAUUGAAGCAAAGAGCAACUCACUCUGGCGAUUCUGUGGAUGGGCCUAGAGGUGAAGGCGUUCCAAGAAUAAAACUGGGUAUCACCGGUUGCAGAUCAGUAAAUGUCAAUGACUCAGCUCAUGAGAAGAAGGUAGGAUCAUCCAUGGUUCGAGCUGUUCUGCAGGUAACAGUUAAGAACAAUCAGCCGCUCUUUAGAUUCGCAGUGAACAAAGAAACCGACAUUAUUGCGGCCACACAAAAGAAAAUGGGAAGCUCAGAAGAGGGUGAAUGCAUUAGUGUUUAUACUUUCUUCUCUAUUAAAGACCAUAAGAGAAACAGCUCAUGGUUAAACCAAAGAGGCAGAGGCCAAACACAUGGUCUUAUCUCGAACGUUGUUGCUCAGAUGCGGGUCUCGAGCUCUUUGCUAUCUGGUUCCAUCAGAGAGUUUGUUCUCUUCUCCGUCGAACUUGAUCAAGAGAGCGCGGAAAAGUCUGAUCUGCAGCUGAAAAACGAGCUCGCCGCCAUCAUUGUGAAGAUGCCAAGAUGGUUUAGUACGGUUCAGGAUCACAAUGCAAUUGAUAAAGAGGUUAAAGAUCACAUCAAAGACAGGGUUUUUGAGCAGGACAUUAGUGCUACGGUCAUACUUCAAAGCGGUGUUCAUAGUAUGCCUCAUAAAGGAGGUCCUUCGUCUUUGAUACAGAGAUGGAGAACAGGUGGGUCUUGCGAUUGUGGAGGUUGGGAUAUGGGAUGCAAUCUCAGGAUUCUUACAAAUCAGCACAACUUCUCCUGCAAGAAUUCAACAGCAUCAUCAAACUCACCAUCCUCUUCAAACCCAUUCGAGCUUUUCUUUCUGGGAGAAGAGGCAGAAGAACAUCCAUUCUUGAGCUAUAAACCAAUAAAGGAAGGGAUAUAUUCAGUUGUGUAUGAUUCAUCCCUUUCACAGCUACAAGCUUUCUCUAUAUGUAUGGCACUUGCAGAGAGUAGGAAAAUGUCAGAGCUCACCCUUGAGCACAAAAGCUCUCGUGAUCAACAUAAGGCUAGAGCGGAAACCCUGUUAGUCCCAGACCAAGGUUCAAAGCCUAAUGGCAAUAUUAGAAUCCCACGUCGCCUGUUGAACCGGUCUGGAGUUUUAUUAUUACUUCAAACCUAAAUUUUUACUUACAGGUAAGUGAAAUGGUUAGUGUUAAGCCUAGGGUAAGUCAGUUGCAAGAAAUAAGUAAGCAGCAAGAUCUCUUUAAAGUAGCUAGUUUAAUGGUGUAACCAAAAGAGAAAUGAUCUUCCCAACUCUUAAGUGUGAAUAUUUUAUAUCUUGUUCUCUAUAUAUGUAUAAUUUUGGUCUA